CUUGCCGAGACGAAAACCCUAAUUCGGUGUACUUGUCUCGUUUUACCUCUCCCCCAUCCCUCUCGUGUUCUCCCCACCCUCUCUCUCGUUGUGUCUACCUGCUGCCAUGGCCAAGAAGCGAAAGGUGGACACGAAGGCCGAGCCGGAGAUCACAGAGCCGCCGGUUGUUUCCGAGGAGGCACCGAUUGAAGAUGCCGGAGACGCCGUUCCAGAGGCAUCCGUCAAUGAGGAGGAGGAGGAAGAGGUGGCGGAGGAGGAGGAGGAGGAGGUGGCGGAGGAGGAGGAGAAUGAAAAGGAGGAGACUGAGGCUGAGGCCAGGGAGGAUGAAGAUGGCGAGGAUGACUCCGAUGAGGAAACCGACGCGGAGGGCCUCAAGAAACUCCUGGAGCCCUUCGGCAAGGACCAGAUUGUGGAGCUUCUUCGCGACGCUAUCGCGGACCAUCCCGACGUGCUCGAACGCAUCAAGAAAGUAGCCGAGGUCGACCCUGCUCACAGGAAAAUCUUCGUUCACGGCCUCGGUUGGGACACUACCGCGGAGACCCUGACUAAUUUCUUCAAAAAGUAUGGCGAGAUCGAGGAUUGCAAUGCCGUCAUGGACAAGAUCUCCGGCAAGUCGAAGGGAUACGGGUUUAUCCUCUUCAAGCACCAGAGCGGCGCCCGGAAAGCGCUCAAGCAGCCACAGAAGAAGAUAGGAAACCGUUUGACGGCCUGCCAGCUUGCCUCGGCUGGGCCUGUGCCGGCAACGCCUCCGGUCUCCGAAUACACACAGAGGAAGAUAUACGUGAGCAACGUUUCGGCAGACAUCGACCCUCAGAGGUUACUCAAAUUCUUCAGCAAGUAUGGGGAGAUCGAGGAGGGCCCUCUUGGUCUCGACAAACAGACGGGGAAGCCGAAGGGAUUCGCUCUCUUCGUGUACAAGACGACGGAUAGUGCUAGGAAAGCGCUGGAGGAUCCGCACAAAAAUUUUGAGGGGCAUAUAUUGCAUUGCCAGAAGGCUAUCGACGGACCAAAGCCAGGGAAACCGCAUUAUCACCAAUCAGGUGGGAACCAUCAUGGCUUCCAUAGGAAUGACAACGUCACCGGAGGGUUCGGUCACAGUACAGGGAUCUCAACAAGUGGUGGUGCUGGCGGGAGCCAUUUGAUGGCCGGUGGACUAGGGUUUAAUCAGGCAGCCGCUGCCGCAGCAUCUCCGGCACCACUCAACCCAGCACUUGGUCAAGCAUUGACUGCCCUUUUGGCGUCGCAGGGGGGCGGGCUUGGUUUGACAAAUGUGCUUGCUUCCCUGAGCCCGGCGCUUAAUCCAAACUUGGCCUCAGCAGUUAAUCCAACAGUCACGACUCCGUUGGCUGGCAACGCUUCGCAUGGAGCAGGAGUGGGAGCCUUUGGUAACCAGCCUGGUGUUAAUGCUGGCAUGUACGGGAACCAGGGUGGACUUCCCUACCAAAACAUUACACAACAGUCUGGUGGAAGAUCACAGUCCGCUGGAGGCCCCAUGGGCGUGCCGCCUUACAUGGGUCACUAGAUCUCUGAUUUGGUGGAAGGUUCCUAAAAUUUUGGACAGAUAAUUCUCCUCAAGUUUCUGAUCUUGUGCUUGUUCAUGAAAAUGCUGCUUUUGUUACUUUUGUUGGAACAGUAAUUUUUGUAACAAGGGAUUUGAAACUUAGACAUAUUGAAAAGUAUUAUGGUGCAUGAACUUUGAAAAAUUUGCUGAAAGUCAUUAGUGGAUGUUGUGCUUCAGAAUCUUCAGAUUCAAUACUUUUUAUGCAGUUAGGCACUAAGUGGACAUUUGUUUUUCUAAA